AUGAACUCCGGUCAAAGAACUGCCAGACGAUUGGUCGCAUCAUCGAAGUCCGUCUGCAACUCUUGCCUCGCCCGGAUACCUCAAUACCGUUCAGCAUCCACUGCUGCAGCUGUCGCACCCGAGGCUUCGACUUCGUCUCAAAUCUCACAGAAUGCAUCCGCCUCACCAGCCAUCCGAUCAACAUACCAGCUACGCACCGGCGUAGUACUAUCACGACCUCCCGUUCUGACACGCGCUCUCCAUCCCUUCGAAAAGGCCUUCUUCCUCUACCAAAAACGAUUGAACGAACGUCUGGCACUGCCUUUCACACGCUACUUCUACUACAAGAAGGGAACACCAGGAGACCGCGAAUGGAAGCGCAAGAUGCUGCUAAGAAAAACCCCUGCCCGUGAUGUUGGUGUCUACAAUGCAUACAGCGAGUCUGGUUGGAAUGACGAGGUUUUGGUCAACGACAAGACCAGUGAGCCCGAGUCGCAAGUCGAGGCUCUGAUCAGGGACGCUGAAGGAACCGAUGGCGAGGCAGGAGCUAAGAGAGAGACUAGCCAGGACAUUGUCGUGCAACGGCCAUUGCCCAGAGUCACAGAGCAAGAUCAGAAGGGCGAACAGACCAGCUUGAACAGACUGCUCGACAGAACCUUGUACUUGCUGGUCAAGAACAAGAAUGGUGUGUGGAGAUUCCCCGAGGAUGAGAUCAAGGGUCCCGAGGGUUUGGACCAGGCCGCCGAGCGUAUUCUUGUGCAAGCAGGAGGUAUCAAUAUGAACACAUGGGUCGUCGGAAACGCACCCAUCGGCCACUACUCUGGCAACUUCAAAAAGACCAUCACCAACACCGAGAAGAACAUUGAAGAGGUCGGUGAGCGUACUUUCUUCAUGAAGGCUCGCAUCAUGGCUGGUCAGGCCAACCUCAAGGCCAACACAUAUGGCGACAAGGAGUUCAAGUGGCUUUCGAGCGAAGAGAUCCAGCAAACCGUCACGCCGAAGUACUGGAGCUCUAUUGCCAACAUGCUCACAGGAAGAUAG